AUGGAACUCUUACUACGCGUCGAGGGUGUACUGGUUCUAGUGACUUUGUUUCUUGUCUUUCGUAUCUGGCAUGUGAUAAUCCCUAAAAGAAUGAAAGUAUCAAGUUCUAGCUAUUUCAAGUCGAAUUUUCAUCAAGUGAAUGCAGAUCGUGGCAAGAAUCGACAGCAAAUUCGCGUCAUGGCUGUAUUGGGCUCUGGUGGUCAUACUACUGAAUUACUUAAACUUAUGAAAAGACUUCAUCGAGACAUCUACACCCCAGUUACAUUUGUUAUUGCAGAGACUGAUAAAACGAGCCAGACAAAGACAGAACUUGAUUGGAAACCUAAAGACUGUGACUCUUUCGCCUUCAUACCGCGCAGUCGAGAGGUAGAAUUUAUGAUCAUUAUAUUGAACGGAAUACUCACUAUGUGGCUUAUUAGUCGUCGUCCACAAUUAGUUCUUUGUAAUGGACCAGGCACUUGUAUUCCUAUAUGUAUAGCAGUGGUGUUGUUCCGCGUAUUAGGCAUUCAUACAGAUUCCAAAAUCAUCUUUUGCGAGAGUUUCGCGCGUGUACAGCAUUUAUCACUCACAGGGAAGAUGCUAUAUUACGUAGCAGAUGAAUUUGUCGUACAAUGGCCGCAAUUGCAGGUCAAGUACCCGCGCACGAAGCAUUUAGGUGUCAUUUGCUAA